AAGCCGAUACCAGCCACUCGUGUGGGACGCUUGCUCGGGCGCUUGCAUGACUGUGGCUGAUAUUUUUUGCUUCUGUCCGUCUCGUACAGCAUAUCUGAUAGAUAUCCGCCAUUUACUCUUCGUUUUCUGUGUAGUACGAUAACACUACAGAAGAAGAAGUAGGUGCUUAAACAGGGGUGCAACGAUGCAACGAGCUACAGUCUGCUGAGAUCUCUCGUUCAUUACGGUUCCACAAAGGUUCCGUGGCCAUGUAUCACCCCGUGCGCGGCGGUUCCAGAGGCGGCGCUGAUCAAUUCAACUGGGACGACGUCAAAGACGACAAGUAUCGAGAGAACUACCUGGGGCACUCCCUCAGGGCCCCCGUGGGCCGCUGGCAGAAGGGCAAGGACCUGACCUGGUACGCCAAGGACCCCAAGGCCCAGGGCGCGGAGGCAAGGGCCGCGGCACGGGAAAGCGAGCUGGCGGCCGCCAAGAAGGCAGAGGAAGAGGCUAUGCUGAGCGCGCUGGGGUUUUCGGUGCCAGCUAAGCCAACGCACCAGCCUUUGUCGAGGGAGGAGGUGACCGAAGCCCUUCGUCGAUCCGACAGCAAGAGGGACGAUUUUGAGACCGACCGCGUCUCCGGCGUCGGCACAAAUGCUAGAGGCGACUUCUCAUCCAGGGGCAAGCGUUCCCACGAGGGCGUCCAGUUUGUAUCCCCCGCACCUCCGCGCCCCCAAGAGGACGGGGACUCCUCCAAGAAGCGCAAGGCGGGCCAGGGGAAGGAGAAGAAAUCUAAAAAGCACAAGAAAGAAAAGCACAAGAAGAAGCAUAAACACAGAGACCGUCGAUCGCCCAGCUGAUGUGCGACAAAACCGAAACUCAAGAGGGCAAAUGGCCAAGCGAUUUCAGACUCAACAAUACACAUUCAUUUUAUGCGGGAUGCAUUUCAUCGCUAUGUGUUAUACAUGUUGUUUGUUUUUUUUUAUAUAGAACAUUUCUUUAGAAGAUGAACCUCCAGAUGAAAUGAAUCUUUUGAUUUUAAUUAAAAAGUUUGUGAAUAGCAGACAACUAAUCAACAGUGGCUUAAAUAGUCAUACUUAUAGGUUCUUCCCAAAUGCUAUGCAGUCGUAAAAGAAAAAAAAAAAUGUGCCAAUGUCCAAUUGAACUUUUCAAAAGGGUGUCUUUAGGGGGUGCAUUUAUAAUGCUAAAAAUUUGUGAGUGCAGGUUUCAGGAAAACACUUCAAUUAUAGAAAAGCAUAUCAUUCUUAUGCACAGCACAGAAAAUUGAAACAAACUAUCUGGUUUGUUUUUAUUUUUUCCGUCCUAUUGAUUUUUUUUUUUAAUGAUAAAUGCACUACCUAAAGACACUUUCCUGAAAAGUUUAGUCACACUCUGUUCAUUAGCUUAUUUAUGCUAUUCUCUUUACAUCCAUGAAGAGCGCUCUGGAACACCCUGUAAUUGCUGACACAGUUAGUGAUUUCCCUACACCCCCCUUGUGGGGGUGUACUCCCCCUCUUGUUUUUCUGAAGGCACCCCCUUAGUUUGCAACGACUCAUACCCCCCCCCCCCCCCCCCCAACUCCCCCUCUAAAAAUUUAGACCCCUCCCCCCUUCCCCUAAUAUAAAUUCCUGGGGAAACCCUUGGACACAGUGGAUAUGGUGCUGAGUCCUUACUAAUCCCUUCUUGACCUUAAACUUGGUGUGAAUUUGAUAGAUUUUGCUGGAGCAGACUGGAUUCAGAUCAGUCAUGGCGUCCAAAAUUUACCUUAAUUUUAUUUAUUGUACUGCUAGCAACAGGUUUCUCCCAAGAUUUUGGCUCGGUUCUGAAAAAUCCCGGAGAAAAGCUCACCGUAAAACCAGUGGAUGCGGAGACAAGCUCACAGAUUUUUUUUCUUCUUUUCAUACGAGGCUGUCACAUCAUGUGUAACAUACAUCAAUUUAUUAUCAUUAAAAUUUGUCAGUUUUGUAAAAAAAAA